AUGUCUCUUGGUUCGCCGUUUUACACGACAUGCAUCGUUUUUUCUCUCUGCUGCCUUUGCUUGAACCCACAUACCUACAUUCUUCUCCGUGUGUCUUGUCUUGUCUCGUCUUUUUUGCCCUCCCAUCCUGCUCUUUUGCCAACCUGCGUCGGCCAAGUCCGUGCCCCCUUGAGUUUAUCGGACUGUUCUCUCCUUUCGUUUCUCCGCAAGUAUCGACCCUGGCUACCAUAG